AUGACCUCCAACAUCCCCGAAAUAAUCCUGCUCUGCCUGGUUCCAUCUUCCACCACGGCCUUUAAAAAUGCCCUCACCUCCCACUGCCCAACGCUGACCGACAAGAUCAGCAUCUCCCACUUCAACAAACCCCUCGACGAGCUCGAUGAGCACAUCAAAUUCGACCUGGUGGUUUCCCCAGCCAACUCAUAUGGCCGCUUGGACGGCGCAUUCGACCAUGCCAUUUCCGUCGCUUUCGCCCCGGAGGAUGAUUAUCAUGCUCUGACUCGGGCCGCUCAGGCUCAUCUGUAUGAGAAGUAUCGUGGGUUCGCGCCUCCAGGCACUUGUACCCUCGUUCCAUUCCCCGAGAAAUUAAGGAAGAAUCGCCGUGGAUGCAAAUGGGUGGCGAUCUGCCCGACGAUGAAGAAGCCCCAGUUGAUUGUAUGGGAUCGCGAGGUGGUGUAUGAGUGUGUGUGGAGUCUGCUAUGCGCGGUGGAAGGAUGGAAUCGGACUGCUGGGAAGGGCGAGAAGAUUGAGAGGAUUUUGAUGACGCCGUUGGGAACAGGGACGGGGUUUGUGAGUGAGGAAAGAUGGGCGGGGCAGACGGUGUUGGCGAUGAAACAUUUUGUCGAUGCGGUGGAAAGACCAGAGAGAUGGAGUGCGAUGGAGUGGAAGGAUAUUUCGGAGGAUUGCGUGGAAGUUGGGACGACGUGGAGGGAGAAAUAG